AAAUCUUGGUCCUUCCAGGGCUGAUGUAAAGAACCAUAUUCAAGUGUAAGCAACCAGGUGCAAGGCCGGCAACAAACCUACUGUAUACACAACAUACCAACACUUCUAUUAUAAUACACAGAUAAUUUGCAGUGUUUAUUGCAGCAGAUCACACGUUAUACAGCUGUGUAAGAGGCAAAAAGGUACGUGUUAUUCGGAAGUUGUUUUGUGUUUGCAGGGCCGAGAGAGAGAGGAAAAUCAGAAUCAGUUCAUUUUAGAAACUAUCAGAAACAUUACCCAUCAGAUUGGUCAAUUCGUUAUUCAAAGGGUGGGUGAUACUGUUCCAGCUCAGAAUUUAUGUGAACACCUUGAAGAGUGAUCAUAAGGAACAUUAAGUUUUCUUACAGAACUAAGAGCUGUUAUUUAGAGAGUCUUAACCCUCUAUUAUCUCUAUUGUCUUGACCCUCUUUCUACAAAGUUCGGACUAGCAAGGAGUAGUAUCUCUAAACAUAUCUCAGACAAAAUCUCCUAUCAACCGAUCUGUUAUCAGUGAAAAUGAGCAGUGUCUUAUCUCUUAUCAGUUUACUUAGUACUCUUAUCAGUUCAGUAGCGGCGGAGGCUGGUCUUCCAGCUGUGUCGUGGUGGAUCUAUGUUAUCGUAACGGUGUUUGUUAUUGCAGCUGCUGCUUCAGUGACGUUCUGCUGCUGUGGGUGUUGUGGGAGAGUAGGAUGCUGUAGGGAUGACGCGGAUAAGGAGGUAACAGCGGAGGAUGUUAUAAUGUCACAGAUGGGGAACAACCCCUACUCUAACUUCCAGAACCCUGACGAGAACCCUAACGCUAUUAAAGAGGAGGAGGAAGAAGAUGAUUCAGAUGAGGAUGUGGAGGAAGGUAAGGAGGUUAUUCAAUACGAGUGGAACAAAGACGAUAGUCACACUCCUGCUCCUUACGCUUUGUAGUCACAGUGGUCACACUCCAGCUCCUUACACUUUGUAGUCACAGUGACAACACUCCAGCUCCUUAUGCUUUGUAGUCACAGUGACAACACUCCAGCUCCUUACACUUUGUAGUCACAGUGACAACACAAUAGCUCCUUAUGCUUUGUAGUCACAGUGACAACACUCCAGCUCCUUACACUUUGUAGUCACAGUGACAACACUCCAGCUCCUUAUGCUUUGUAGUCACAGUGACAACACUCCAGCUCCUUACGCUUUGCAGUCACAGUGACAACACUCCAGCUCCUUAUGCUUUGUAGUCACAGUGACAACACUCCAGCUCCUUACACUUUGUAGUCACAGUGACCACGCUCCAGCUCCUUACGCUUUGCAGUCACAGUGACAACACUCCAGCUCCUUACACUUUGUAGUCACAGUGACAACACUCCAGCUCCUUACACUUUGUAGUCACAGUGACCAGUGACCACGCUCCAGCUCCUUACGAAUUUCUUGUCUAAGUAACAGAACAAGUUCUAACAAAUAUACGAUGAGAGCUUAUCGCUAAACAUCUUCAACUUAAUGUUGCUUUGUUGAUAAUUGUUACAGAAGAAAAGACUGAAUCCCUACCUUUUACGAAUAAAUUGUCGUCCACACUUGAUUUCCCCCCGUUUCUGUAGACAUCUUUGCUCCUGAAUUACCAAUUAUUUUAAAUUAAUUAAAUAUGUUGACAGAUUAAUGGUAGUCAAGUAUAUAUUUGUUAUUUCGUUUAGCAAUUAUAUCAUGAUUAAGACUUUCAGAGUUUCAUUAUUGAUGAUAAUGUGAGAAGUUCUAUGUACAAACUCUGUUGAAGUUUAAAGUUGCGAGAAAUUUGUUUUCUCAGUAAUAACAACAGAUUUUACUCUAAAUAUC